AUGACUUCCCCCAAAGAUCUUGAAGAACAACAGCAGACCCUCAUUACCCCCGACCAACGCCAGCAAGCAUCACCCGCCCCUCAACCCACAGCCAACACACCAUCCGUCAUGUCGCGCUUCAGCAUUCCCAUCGAUGCCCUGACAUCCAGGAUGAACCUCGGUGGACGUUUCGACGGUCUGCGCAACACUUCCGUCUCCUCUCGGUUCGCCAAUCUGCGACCCAUCUCCGAGUUCUUCGACUUCAAGCGUGUUUCUAAGCCCGCCAACUUUAGCGAGGUACAGAGCAGGGUCAACUACAACUUGGGCUACUUUUCGAGCAACUAUGCCGCUGUUUUCGUCAUGCUCAGCAUCUACAGUCUGCUCACCAACUUGAUGCUUCUCUUCGUCAUCUGCCUCGUAGUUGGUGGCAUGUUCGGAAUCGGCAAACUAGAGGGAAAUGAUCUCCAGCUCGGUAGCUGGCGUGCCACUACCUCUCAGCUGUACACUACGCUUUUCGUCAUUGCAAUUCCUCUUGGACUCUGGGCCUCGCCCUUUACUACAGUUCUCUGGCUGAUUGGCGCAACUGGUGUCACAGUUGUGGGCCAUGCUGCAUUCAUGGACAAGCCCAUCGAGUCAGCUUUUUCCGAGGAGGCGGUCUAG